AUGGUCCUGUAUCUGCAUAUCCUGGUCCCGGCACUGAUCGCUCUUAUAGCUGGACUGGUGAUACACUUAUUUAUUAUAGUCAUAAAUGUCACUGACUGGUUGUAUGGAAGAUCGGUGACUCCAGUUGACCACAUUAUAACUUCUCUUGGAAUUUCAAGGAUGUGCACUCAAUUUGCUUUUACUAUGUCUAUGCUGUUAAACAGUCUCUUCCUUAAAAACAUAGAUGCAAUCCUAAUUAUUUUGAAUGCUGUUUAUAUUGUCUUUGUUAAUACCAAUGUUUGGUUAACAAGUCUUCUGUCCAUUGUCUUCUGUCUGAAGAUCUCCAACCUCCGCACCAGACUGUUGAUGUAUCUGAGGAGGAUGAUAGAUCAGAGGACUGUGCAUUUCAUUGUAGGGUCAGUUCUUCUCACCAGUCUCAAUGGUUUGUUGCCUUUGUUGACGACAAUCAUUGAUGUGACCGAAGAUGGAACAUACAAUACAACCAUGGAGAUUUUAUUAAUAGAAUGCAAGUUUGAUGAUUCUUUAUACACUCAUAUUAUAUCAUCCACCAUCCAACUACUUUUCUCUUCCAUCUCCUCCGUCCUCCUCAUCACCUCGUUGUAUCGUCACAUAACAAAGAUGAAGAUGAGCGGGAACUUAUCCAUCAAUCUGGAGACAUAUUACUCAGCGAUGACAUUUGUAUCCAUCACUUUUAUAUAUAACAUUAUAUACUUUACUGGUCAUGUGAUUAUGGCCUUCAUGUACUAUUUAUACUGUGAGUAUGUUCUAUGGCUUGACACUGUCUUAGGAUUUCUACCAGUUCUACAUUCCUCCUACCUGAUCUACAGAACGGCCAAACUGAGGAGUCACAUGUCCAAGGUUCUUCAGAACGUCAUUGAUUUCUUAUUCCAAAGAAAAGAUGCAGAAACUAGAGAGAACAUCCAAAUGAUAACUCUAUGA